CUACUCUUCUUUCUUUCUCCAUUUCACGAUUCUCCAUUAAUGGCGAAAACCUCUCAAGACACCUGCAAAAUACACAGCUUCCACUGGACCAACAAAGUUGGAACCGAAGACGACGGCGACGAUGUAGAACAAGGUUCAACGCUCAAGCACCCAUAUUCAAACCCCAACGAUCAACAAGACAAGAACCAAGCAGAAUCCCUUAAACCUAAAGCCCAUGUUGGUGUUCCCACACCCAGGAAGAAGAAGCUUCAAGCUGUCGCCAUUGCCAGGCUCCGAGCUGUUCUCACUUCUUUUGGGAAGAACCGUUUAAACUUGCCCUUCGGUACUGGUGGUCUCGGACCUCGAGUUGUCGGCACCCUUUUUGGCGCCAGACGAGGCCACGUCCACUUCGCUUUUCAGAAACAACCGGAUUCCGCACCAGCUUUCCUCGUUGAACUCGCCACCCCCAUUAGCGCCCUGGUUCGGGAAAUGGCGUCCGGGUUGGUACGGAUUGCUUUGGAAUGCGAUAAGAAAGAAGAUGAAGAUGAGAAAAAAGCUACGAGGUUACUCCAAGAGCCAGUUUGGAGAGCGUAUUGUAACGGAAAGAAAAGUGGGUUCGCAACGAGAAGGGACUGUGGGGCUAAAGAAUGGAACAUUUUGAAAGCCGUGGAACCAAUCUCCAUGGGAGCUGGGGUUUUACCGGCGACUGAACCAAACGCCGGAGCCGGCGACUGUGAGCUUAUGUAUAUGAGGGCUAAGUUCGAGAGAAUUGUUGGGUCUAGAGAUUCUGAAGCUUUCUAUAUGACGAAUCCUGACAGCAAUGGAGCUCCUGAACUUAGUAUCUAUUUGCUCAGAGUCUGAAAAUCACCAUGGAAGCUAAGCAUUUUCAUUGAGUUUUCGUUUUCAGUUUUAAGAAGGGGUAUACCAGGUUGAUUUUUCUUAUCUUUUUUUCACUGUUUAUCGCAGCCAUGGAAAGGGAGCUCUCUAGUUUCUUGGGAUUCUUUUAGUUUAUAUGGAGGGGCCAUACAUUAUGAAUAUAUAUGUAUGUAUCGUUUUCUUCUUCAAUGCAUUAUCAAAGUAAUGAGACAAUGAAGAUUGAAGUUAGUGCACUC